AUGACACUGAAAGAAUCUAGAGAUGAUAAAGUAAGAACAGCAGGUGUCCAAGUAAGAACAGGACGAAAAUGGUCAGCAUCAAAAGCAGUUUCAGAGGCAGAGAGUAGACUGAGGCAUAAAGAUAUCGUAGGAACAGUGGCAGUAGGACGACAGGGCCUUGGUACAUCAAAAAGUUGCUACUGGAAGAACGCUAACACCCAAGAAAGACGAAGUCUUGUCCAAAGAGAGAUAAAAUCUAGAGAAGAAGAAAACAGACAAGCAAAGACAGUAGAAUUAGGGAGCCAAGGCGCUUGGUCGAGAUGGGAAUUGGAACAACUAUCCCUUACAUGGUCAGAUAUAUGGCGAUAUCCGCAAUACCAACUGCAGUUCCUUCUGAGAUCAGUGUAUGAUGUAUUACCGACACCUUCAAAUCUGCACAGGUGGAAACUUUCAGAAACACCAGACUGUCCCUUGUGCGGAAACAGAGGAACUCUACAACAUGUUCUUUCAGGGUGCAAUAUCGCUCUUACACAGGGGAGAUAUACAUGGCGACACAACCAAGUACUCCGAGAACUCGCUGAAGUGAUAGAGAAACAGAGGAAAGAUGCAAAACAUAUUAGAAACAAACCUAUGAAGAUCCAGUUUGUGAAGGAGGGUGAAGUAGGCCAGGAAAGUAAAAAUAUCAUAUCAGGAAUCCUAAAUCAGGCAAGGGAUUAUUGGCAGUUAGAAGUUGAUCUAGGAAAGAAGAUGCAAUUUCCUGAUAUUGUACCAACUAACCUAAGACCAGACAUGGUACUUUGGUCUACAAGCAGUAAAAAGGUAAUAAUCAUAGAGUUAACAGUUCCCUGGGAGGAGAGAUGUGGCAAAGCAAAUGAAAGAAAGAGGGCAAAAUAUGACGGACUGUUGGCAGAGUGCAGAGAUAUAGGAUGGCAGACAUGGAACUUUCCUGUUGAGGUUGGCUGCAGAGACUUCCCUGCACAGUCAGUGUGGAGAAUGUUUUCUGCAGUGGGAGUGACUGGCCAGAAUAGAAGAGCAGCAAUCAAGAAAAUGGGCCAAGCAGCAGAGAAAGCAUCUUGCUGGAUAUGGAUGAAGAGAGACAGUAGUAGCUGGAAACCCACCACCAAUGCGCAGUGA